AUGGUUUCAACGGGAUUUGCAGUCCCGAUCAUGGUGGAAAGUUGGGUGUUCGACGAUUACAUUAUCAAGAACACAAACUUCAAUCCAUGGCAGGAGGCGAUACCCCCUGCAGCGGAUAUUUCAACAACCGCCUACAAUGGUCCAGUAAAUGUCAGCUAUGAGGUCAGUUUUAUGCUGAACAUUAGUUCCAUUGGAACAAGCGGGAUUUCGUCACUAAAUUUAUCCUCUACUGAUGAUAAUAGAGUGGAGAUAUCAGCAGAAGGGGUUUAUGAUGAUAAAACGGGACAACUUUGUAUGGUUGGUUGUAGAAACUUGAAAAAUGCUUCUUUUGACUGUGAGAUUCUUGUGAAAUUCCAAUUCCCGCGAGGUAAGGAAAGUUUCAUAAAGGGAAAUAUCGAGAGCCUACGUGAAAAAAACGAUGCUUUGUACUUUGAGAAUCUCAAUAUCAUUUCACAAAUAUUCGACGAAACUGAAGCAGGAGAAUCAAUAUGGAGAGUUGAUUUAGAAGUUGUCAUGGUCUUGAUCUCGUAUACACUGAUGUGUGUGUUUACAAGACGACAGUUACUUCAUCUGAAGAAGAGGGCUGAAAUGGUUAAUUUCAUUUCGGUUUCGACGAUGUUAAUUCUUACUCUUGGGCACAUGGUUCCUCUAGUGCUAAACUUUGAGGCGAUAUUCUCAAACACUAGCAAUCAGCGAAAGGUACCAAUUAGGAGUGAUGGAUUGCUUGAAGCAAACGAGGUGAUUGUGAGGUUAGUGACAAUGGUGGCUUUCAUUUUGCAAUUUCGUCUUCUUCAGUUAACAUGGAUUGCAAAAAAGAAUAGGUGGAUUCAUGAAAUACGGACACUUUGCAUUUGUUUACCGAUGUAUAUUAUCGGUGGGUCAACAAUGUUUGUUCUGAACUGGAAGAACAAUAAUGGCACUAUUUCAAGUCAACGUCAGAGUUCCAUCUGGGUUGACUUGAGGUCUUAUGCUGGAUUAACUAUUGAUGGCUUUCUAUUCCCACAGUUGAUACUCAAUAUUUUCCAGGCUUCAAAAGAAAAUGUUUUGAGUCAUCCCUUUUAUAUAGGAACCACAUUCGUACGAUUACUGCCUCAUGCAUAUGAUCUUUACAGGGGUCAAAAGUAUAUCAGCCAUCAGUUAGAUAGGUUAUAUAUUUAUGCAAAUCCGAGAUCAAACUUUUACUCACCUUCUUGGGAUAUUGUCAUUCUUUGUGGAGGCCUGUUAUUUGCAGUGAUCGUUUUCUUGCAGCAACGUGUUGGCGGUCGGUUUAUGUUUCCAAAGCGAUUCCAGGGGAAUGUUGAGUAUGAAGUGACGCUUGUAACAAGCAUUAAGUAA